UAUGGCACAUGGGGGCAUGACAUGAGUGAGGGAGAAGAGGAUUUGACUUCAUUCCCAGAGAGGAGAAAGGUAAAGAAGGAAUGAAGAAAAAUUCAAUCUGAUUGAACACAAUUUUGACGUCCGCAAGGAGACGCACCUUCUUUCUCUCUCUACUUUCUCUCUCUAGAUACAGCGGAAGAACGGGCAAAGCAACAUGGAGAUAUACUGAGGGACCUUGUGAAGAACUCGCCCAAGAGCAACAAAAAAGAAGGGAAAAAAAACCCUAGAAAUUUUGUACUCUUACUCAAUGCAAACCAGCAGCAAAGUGAAGAGCAGCUGCAUGUUUUUCCCAAUUUUGAUCAGUUUUUCUGUCUUCGAUCGAAAUCUUUGGAGUUUCUGAAGACUUUCAGUGUUCAAUUACAACUCUGGUAAGUCCUCAAGCGUCGUCGUUUUAGGCUCAGCUUUUCAGGACGCUAUCGAUUUCUCUUGCUCGUUUGGAGCUCCGGAUCGCCGAUUUAGGGUUCGAUCGAUGUGUUUAGGUUCUUGUCUUUUGGGUUUUUGUUUGAUUUUCUAUUUUUGAGUGUUAAUUUUUUUUUGUUUGUUUUUUUUUUUAUUUUCUCUAAAUAUUUUGGGGUUUAAAGAUUGGAAUUUGAGGUGCGAGGUGUGAAAAAGAACUUAUCUUUGUUGGGUUUGUGAGGUUUGGAGAUUUGGAGUUGUGUUGGGAGUCGAUUGAAGUCGUUUUGUGAUGAUUUUAGUGAGGGUUUGGAGUGACUGGCGGUGAUAUCGAGAUUCUGAACCCCUGUUUUGUAUUAGGAGUUCGAUUCGUUGAUUGGUUGCCCUUUUGUAGAAUGUUUGAAGCUUUACUUGAUCUAAAAACUCAUCAAUUGUACAGCGGUUCACUGAAGAAAUCGCUGAGCUAGUCCAAUUCUAGAAUGUUCAGAAUCAAAGCUUGUUGCUUGGUUUUGGUUUUGUUUGGCUUUCCUCUUGUGUUUGGUAACGCCCAACUCCGUAUGCUCAGGCACAAAGCUUCCCCAUUUCUUUUGGUGCACAACAAGGACUCUGGAGUUUCUGGCCUUGAUUUUGGGUGUAAACUGCUUGAUGGGAUGAGGGAAAUGUCAGGUUUUGCGCACUUUGUUGUGUAACUGGAAGUUUAUUUGAAUCUUGUGGUGUACUUGAGUGAGUGUUUGUAGAUUGUUAUUUUGGAAAGAUGGUGCCAUCCGGGCCACCCACUCCUAUAGGUGGAGCCCAACCUGUUCCCCCUUCACUUUUGCGUUCGAAUUCUGGUAUGUUAGGAGCUCAGGCGGGUCCUGUGCCACCCCAAACAGGGUUCCCUUCGCUUGUGUCUCCAAGAACUCAGUACAAUAAUAUGAAUUUACUUGGAAAUGUACCCAGUGUUUCUUCACUGCUCAGUCAGUCUUUUGGAAACGGGGGUUCAAACCCUGGGCUUUCUGGUCCAGGAAGUGGUCAGCGUGGAGGUAUUGAUGCUGGUGCUGAAUCUGAUCCACUCUCUGGUGUUGGAAAUGGAUUGGGUUUCACUCCUCCGGCAUCAUUUGUUCCGACCAACAUGGCGAACCCUGGUUCGGCUGGUCAGGGACAACAGUUCCAAAACCCUUCUGGAAACCAGAUGUUGCCAGAUCAACAGCAGUCUCAACAACUUGAAGCACAAAAUUUCCAGCAUGGCCAACAGCCAUUGCAACAGUUCUCCGCCCCACUCAACACUCAGCAACAGCAGCAAUACCAAUCAAUUCGAGGUGGGCUAGGUGGUGUUGGACCUGUUAAGCUAGAGCCCCAGGUGACCAAUGAUCAACAUGGACAACAGCAGCAGUUGCAGUCCUUGAGAAAUAUUGGUCCAGUGAAACUGGAGCCACAACAAAUUCCAACUAUGAGAAGCUUGGCACCUGUCAAAAUGGAACCCCAACAUUCUGAUCAGUCAUUGUUUCUGCACCAACAGCAGCAACAGCAACAGCAGCAUCAGCAACAACAGCAUCAGCAACAACAGCAGCAGUUCCUGCAUAUGUCAAGGCAGUCUUCGCAGGCUACUGCUGCGCAGAUUAGUCUUUUGCAACAACAAAGAUACAUGCAGCUACAACAACAGCAGCAACAGCAACUUUUGAAGGCUAUUCCUCAGCAACGGUCCCAACUACAACAACAGCAAUUUCAAGCGCAGAAUUUGCCUUUGAGAUCUCCUGUGAAACCAGGAUAUGAACCUGGGAUGUGUGCCCGGCGGCUGACAUAUUACAUGUAUCAGCAACAACACAAACCCACUGACAACAAUAUUGAAUUCUGGAGAAAGUUUGUUGCUGAGUAUUUUGCUCCGCAUGCCAAGAAGAAGUGGUGUGUUUCUAUGUAUGGAAGUGGCCGACAAACAACUGGAGUUUUUCCUCAGGAUGUGUGGCACUGUGAGAUAUGCAACCGCAAGCCAGGACGAGGUUUUGAAGCGACUGUGGAGGUUCUGCCCAGGCUUUUCAAAAUCAAGUAUGAAAGUGGUACUCUGGAAGAACUUCUUUAUGUUGAUAUGCCCCGUGAGUAUCAAAAUUCGUCUGGGCAAAUUAUCCUGGACUAUGCAAAAGCAAUACAGGAAAGCGUCUUUGAACAGCUUCGAGUCGUUCGUGAAGGUCAACUUCGGAUAGUUUUCUCACCUGACUUGAAGAUUUGCUCGUGGGAGUUCUGUGCUCGACGUCAUGAGGAGCUUAUCCCUAGAAGAUUGUUGAUACCUCAGGUUAGUCAGCUUGGGGCUGCAGCUCAGAAAUACCAGUCUGCUACUCAAAAUGCAUCAUCCAAUUUGUCUGUUCCAGAGUUACAAAGCAACUGUAAUAUGUUUGUUGCGUCAGCUCGUCAAUUAGCAAAAGCUUUGGAAGUACCAUUAGUAAAUGAUUUGGGAUAUACAAAGAGAUAUGUUCGCUGCCUUCAGAUAUCAGAAGUCGUUAAUAGCAUGAAAGACUUGAUUGAUUACAGUCGAAACACAGGAACUGGACCUAUGGAGAGCUUGGCCAAGUUCCCGCGGAGAACAAAUGCCUCAUCUGGCUUUCAUAACCAAGCUCAACAACCGGAGGAACAGAUGCAGCAGCAACAACAACAGCAACAACAAACGAUUGCUCAGAAUGCAAACAAUGAUCCAAGUUCUGUCCAGGCCACUGCGAUGCAGCUUGCUUCUAGCAAUGGUGUAACUAGUGUAAAUAACUCCCUCAACCCAGCAUCUGCCUCUACCUCUUCCAGCACCAUAGUUGGGCUUCUACACCAGAACUCCAUGAACUCUAGACAGCAAAAUUCUAUGAACAAUGCAAACAGUCCCUAUGGUGGAGGUGCUGUUCAGAUUCCAUCCCCUGGUUCCUCCAGUUCAAUACCGCAGCCUCAACCGAAUCCUUCUCCAUUCCAAUCACCAACACCCUCUUCAUCUAACAAUCCCCCCCAAACUUCCCAUGGUGCCUUGACAGCAGCCACUCACAUGAGUACAGCAAAUUCACCUGCGAAUAUUUCCAUGCAACAGCCUUCUCUCUCUGGUGAGGCCGACCCAAGUGAUUCGCAGAGCUCAGUCCAGAAAAUCAUUCAAGAAAUGAUGAUGUCAUCCCAACUUAAUGGCACAGCGGGUAUGGUGAGUGUUGGUUCUUUGGGGAAUGAUGUGAAAAAUGUUAAUGGGAUUUUGCCCACAAGUAACAGCACAGGCCUUAAUGGUGGUCUGGUAGGGAAUGGGCCAGGAAACAGCACUCCAGGUAUUGGAGGCGGUGGAUUUGGCAGCAUGGGUGGACUAGGGCAGUCUGCUAUGGUUAAUGGAAUGAGAGCUGCAAUGGGUAAUAACUCCUUGACUAUAAAUGGAAGGGUGGGCAUGACACCCAUGACUCGGGAUCAAAGCAUUAAUCAUCAACAAGAUUUGGGGAACCAGCUGCUUGGCGGGCUAGGAGCAGUUAAUGGAUUCAAUAAUCUACAGUUUGAUUGGAAGCAGUCACCGUGAAAGAACCUAUGGGGAAUCUGACUAAUGUUUUCUGUUGUCGAUCAUGAUCACAGCUGCUUGUGCAGCACGAGAAAUUGGUGAAAUGCCAGGCUGUGGAGGAGGUAGCGGUGUAUGAUGAUGGAAUAGUUUCAGGGCCUUUCCUCCCGCUCUGUACUAAUUUCAGAAAAAGGAAAACAUAUAGCAUAGUGCUUUUAUCAUUGAAAUGUUAUAUCCUCUUUUAAGUGGCUUUGUUUUCUUCUAA